AUGAGUGACGAUGAUGGAAUGAUGUUAGUGAAUUUCACCACUGGUGAUAAUGGUGGUUAUUCAAAGCCUGCACGGCAAGUAAAGGUAAUUGGUGGUAAGUGGAAGGACCGCAGAAAGCUGAAGAUGAGGCUUGAAGGUAAGUCUCAUGUUGUGAAGAGGUCAUUACAUGAUGAUCAGGAGACCUCCAGUUCUGUUGAUGGUGGUGGCUCGGCUGAUAAAGAGCAUCAGGCCAAGAGACCGACGCGACGCGAACAUACAAUUAAUGCUGUAGAUUCUGCGCCUGUUCCUGCACAUAACAAUUCAACUCGAUCAGGACCCAUUCAGAUAAAUUCGCAGAGGGUUUCCUCUUUGUUCACUUCUAACAGAGAGAUUACUACUUCAUUUGACACAAGCGAGCAGGUCGCGGAAUCGGAAGUUACUCCUUCGAAUGCUCCCCUGUUACUGGAUUCUUUUGAGUCAUUGGGCAUUACUAGUCCUCUGGUGUCCCAUCUUUCUGAAAAAAUGCACGUCAGCAAACCUACAAGAAUCCAAAAGCUUGCCAUUCCAAACUUUCUCGUCUGCCGCAAUGACUUGUUCAUUCACGCUCAAACUGGAUCAGGUAAGACGCUAGCAUUUUUGUUGCCAAUCUUCCAAAAGAUACUAUCCAUGGAAGAGCAGAUCGACCGACACAGUGGCUGCUUUGCAAUGAUUAUUGCACCUACCAGAGAGCUUGCAUCACAGAUCUACAAUGUGGCUAGCACAUUGGCAGGUUGCUGUCAUUAUUUGGUUCCGUGCCUAUUAGUUGGUGGUGAAAGAAAGAAAUCAGAAAAGGCUAGGUUGAGGAAAGGUGCAAAUUUUAUUAUUGGUACACCGGGCCGUAUCCUAGAUCAUUUACAAAACACUAAGGUUAUCAAGGAACAAUUAUCAUACUCCCUCAGAUAUGUCAUCUUGGAUGAAGGUGACAAGUUAAUGGAAUUGGGUUUUGAAGAAACGCUAACCUCUAUUUUGGACAUCAUCCACAACAUACCAUGCGAAUCUUCGAAAUUUCCUGUGCUGCCAACAAGAAUUAUGCAUGUACUAUGUAGUGCGACAAAGAAGGGCACAGUUGCUAAGUUAGGAAACAUUGCGCUCAAAGACUACAAACUUAUCAGCAGUGGCAGUAAUUCUGCCGAUAUGAAUACAGUACCAGACCAAUUGCUUCAAAGGAUUACAAUUGUGCCACCAAAACUGAGACUUGUAACUCUAUGUGGAGCCUUAUCAAAUUUGACAAAAAAACAAUCCUCUAGUACUACUACUAUGCGUACUAUCGUCUUUUUAUCGUGCUCAGAUAGCGUAGAUUUCCAUUUUGAUGUAUUUUCAGCAUACAAUGACUACUAUAGGAACCUGUUGGACGAAACAGUAAGAUUACUGGCUAAAAGAAACACCGCGCUACCUUGCUUGUCCGCUGACCAUGACCCAAACGUCAUAUUUUACAAACUCCACGGCUCUCUCUCCCAGAAAGUCCGCACCGCCACACUCAAACACUUCUCAUCAGAGACAGACGCUACAUCUGGCAAACAUCUCAUAAUGUUCUGCACUGACGUCGCCUCAAGGGGGCUCGAUCUACCUCAUGUUAGCACCGUGGUCGAGAUGGAUCCUCCGUUCUCCGUAGAAGACCACUUACACAGGGUAGGCCGUACUGCCCGUGCUGGUGUCAAUGGUGAGUCCCUGCUCUUCUUACUACCUGGAGAAGAAGAAGGUUACGUCGAAUAUAUAAAACCAUACCAUCCACAGGGCUAUCAGUUCUUAAAAUUCGAUAAGGACAUCUUGAAACCCGCCUUCCAAGACUCAAACAUACAGAAGUCCGACAACACUGUCCUAUCAGAUGUCCAUGCCAGCUGGGACAACAAUGCCACCACUUGGCACUUAAACGUCGAGCGUCGCAUCCUCGAGAACCCCGACGCCAAGCAGCUAGCACACAACGGCUACACAAGUCAUAUAAGAGCAUACGCUACCCAUCUAUCGAAAGAAAAGCUGGUUUUUAACAUCAAAUGUCUUCAUCUCGGACAUUUAGCAAAAGCAUUUGCCCUCAGAGAGAGACCAAAAGCGAUCUCAUCUGCUCGCGCCAGUAACUCUCGAAAUAAUAAUAAAAAUAAUAAUAAUAAUAAUGCAUCAUCGAAUGAUGCUGAUUCCAAGACAAAAAUGCUACGCAUGGCAAGAAUGGUAGUAAAACAAAAUAACAAUGAGUUCAACUACUAA